AUGGUUUCUUUAUUACCCACAGAAUGUCUUCCCCAAAUCUUUGAAAAUUUGUCGGAGGACAGAAAAACCUUACACUCCUGUCUACUGGUAAAUAAAACGUGGUGCCUUAAUGUCGUGAAAAUACUUUGGAGUCAACCAUUUCACUUGAUAAACAUUUGUAAUCAUGACUCAGAGACGCACACAUGUUCAAGAACCUCAAAACAACGUUUAAUUCAAUCUUUCAAAUUGAUUAGUGUUUAUCUAUCUUUCUUGCCAAAAUCAGAAAGGUUGAUCCUAACGAACAAUAAAGUAAAAUUAUCCACUUUCAUUGAACCCAUAUACAAUUAUAUCAAAUUUCUGCGCUACUUGGAUUUAGAGGAAUUGUUUGUUGUCGUCGGAGGAUGGAAACAUUGUUUGUUUCUUUCUCCUGACCAAUUAUCUUAUUAUCCACCGAAGCGUCGCGGACAACCUCAUUCUUCCUCUUCAGGGAACGGUGGCUCGCUUGCAUCAAGGCUUAAACAGUCGGAUUCUAAAAAGAAAUUGGUGAACGCCGUGAAAUCCGUGAAAUCCUUGGCUCAUGGUGUUUUACGAAGAACAAAAUCGACAAAUUUUGCACAGGCCAAGGAAAAUUUUCCUGUUUCGGUGGAACGCUUGGUUUCUUAUUCCUUGGCAAAAUUGAUAAUAAGGGAGUGUGUCAAUUUAAAGUCACUCUCUAUAAACACGACCAUAACGAACUCAAUAGAGUAUCAAUGCAAAUGCCUCGAUCAAAAUUUCAUUAUCGACCGUACGUUCAAUCAUAGGAACAUCGAAAGUAUCGAAGAAGCAAGCAACCUUCGUCUCUUUCGACAGAAUGUUCCCGAAGAACAUCUAUUGAUUGCGACUUAUCCUGGCGCUAAUAUUUGCUUGCCGCCGCUGGUGGAAUUUGUUUGCACAACGAGAGGAUCCAAAUGGAGGCUUUUUCACGCUUUAUCAUUGAUCUGUAAACAAUUAAGGAAAAUCUGUGUCGAUAUGGGCGGUUACACGAAUUGGUCUCCUCUUUCCGUUUCAUAUACUGAACCACAAAUGCAGGAAUUGGAAUGGGAAUCCAAAAAUCUAGCUACACUCAUUCAAUCUCAAGAUUCUCUUGAACAAUUCACCUUAUUGCGUGGUGAAGUCGGUUUAUUGACAAUCUUGGUGGCACUCAAAAGUCAAAUAAAUUCUUUGAGAUACCUGGAACUCAUAAACAUUGACACAAAUCUUUCCCAAAGGGAUUCGAUCAAAUAUAUUAAUGAUUUCUCAAAUUUGCAUACGUUAAAAUUUGAUUCUUGUCAGCUUGUUGAUAUAGUAAUGAGACCUUUUGUGGAAGGUCGAUCAGGACUUCAAUUGUCAACAAUUGAAAUUGUCGAUACAAGUGUAUCCAUGGAGAUCGUCACUAAAAUUAUUAAAAAUGCAAAUGCUUCGUUGAGAUCCCUGAUUUUAGAUAAAAACAAGUACGAUUAUUACGAAUCCAACAACGGUAACAAUAUCAUUGAGACGACGGCAAAAUAUUGUCCGAACCUAAUGGAUUUCACAUCUCCGGUGGCAACGUCGGAGAUCCCUCAAUUGAUCACCCUAUUCACCUUAUGCCCAAUGCUGGUAUCCGUCAGCUUUGUACAUUCUUUUGAUGAUCAUGAUUAUAUGGAACAACAGUUGUCAGAUACAACAAACUCCUCGUCAAAUCAAGAAGGCACCUCAGCAAUCGAUGUAGAUUGGUUGCUGGAGAAAAUGAGCGAUCAAAAACUCGCCCAAAAUUUACGACACCUUUCGAUUCGAGCCCCGUGGUCAUUUUCUCCUGUUACCCUGGAAAAUUAUUUGACAACUUGUGAUCCACCAUUGAGGUCUUUGGAGUUCUCACAUUUCUUCUCUGAUGAUCACCUGGGUGUGAUAUUGAGAUGCUUAAAUGGGAAAUUGAGGAACUUGAAGUUGGAGACUUCUGACGAAUUAAGCGAUGAAUUGCAGGUUGAGGCUUUGACUCAACUUGAAAAUUUUCAAGUUCAUAAAUUAAGAGCUGAAUCCUUCCCUGCAGCAGUUGAUCAUUAA